AUGACAAUCUCACCAAUCUCCCCCGCGGGGCUCAAAUCCUCCAACCUCAAAGACGAGAUCACCACUGUUUGGUCGCAGGUGCAAGCACGCGUCGUUCAGCUGGCCGGGGGCGACGUCGCGAAUCUCCAGCCGGACCUGAAUAUCGAGUCUGUGCUGUCUUUGCUGGACAGUGCACAGCAGCGGGAGGAGGAAAAGGAGGAGGGGUCAGGAGAGGGGCGCCGUGCUGUGCGGGUAGCUUUUGAUACUACUUUGCGGUUUGUGGAGACUGUUGGGGGGUUGGUUGCUGUGGGGGCUGCUGAUGUUUUUGGCCCUUCGGAGCUAUGCUUCAACGCCAUUACGUUCGUCAUCCACGCCUGGCAGGACUAUCAGUCUGCAUUCGAGAGCCUAGCUAGUCUGCUCGACAGAUGUGGGCAGUACUUAUGUCGACUGCAGUACUACAUCCGCGGUGGUAUGGACAUAGCCCUCGCCAAAGUCGCCUGCCAGCACCUGCAGCUAUUCGUCGAGAUCUGCGACCGGGUCAUCAAGCUGCGGCAUUCCAAGCGGAGGAAGCUAGCCCUGUUCGCCAAGUUGUUCUUCCUAAACGACAAUGAAGUCCAAGAACUCUUGGAGAAGAUGGAUGGCUUGGUGGAUCAAGAAGGCCGGCUGGUGACGGCGCAGACGUUCAGCUUCGCGUCAGAGGCUGCGCUUGGGGCGCGCGAGAACUUGGCUAUCAGCAAGGUUGUGAAUAGUAAGGUUGAUAUGCUGAUCGCGAGCAAGAAGGACCAGAAGAAGGAGUCUGAUGUUAAGAGUCGUCGGGAGGCGAUCUUCAAGACUCUGGCUUUUGAUGAGAACAAACUUGAUCGAGAGAAGAAGGAGCCUGAUCCGUACUGGCAGAGAAUGUACCACAACUACCGCAAACUGGUCGUGCCUGGGACGGGCCAAUGGGUGUUCUCCGAUCCUGGAUUCAAGGCAUGGGAGAGCGGCCAGAAAGGCUGCCCGCCGGUUCUGAUGAUCGAGGGCGUGGAAGGCUCAGGGAAGAGCUAUCUGGCUUCUACGAUCAUCCGAAGGCUGCGAAACCGGAGCUCGGUAGAUAGCUCGGGGCCCAGGACUCUCCUAGCUUUCUACUUCGUUGAAGGUGACUCGAAGGAGGAAUUGAAGAGGACGAACCACAUUGACGUUAUUGCUAAAUCGUUGGUUUGGCAGUUCGUCCAGGCGGACGUUUCAUACACGAAGUCUGUGGCCGGUAUAUGUCAAAGGCAGAGGGAUCUGGAUCCCCAUGAGAUUCUCGAAGCGUUGUUGUUGUAUAAUGAGGACCUUGAUCGGGUCAUCGAUGCCACGUUCUUUAUUGUCAUUGAUGGACUAAGUGAUAUUAUAGGCGAUGCGCUGCUCAAGUUUCUUCAGAGAGUGUCUGCCCUGUCUGAAACCCAUAAUCGUGUUCGCAUUCUUCUGACAGGCCGUCCGAGAGCUUCUGGGCAGCUGUCGAAGACACAGGAUAUCCUGUUCGAGAUACUACCCAUCAGCACCAAGAACCGGAAAGAUGUGGAAAAAUACACACUGUCGAAAAUGGAUCAGAUUGAAGCACUCAAAGAUACACAUCGACUAGGCGUUCCGGCUCUGAGAAACAAGAUCUGCCAGAGUCUCUGUGACAAGACACGGAGUGAUUACUUCAGAAUCAACACGAUCCUCAAGCAUAUAAGCACCCUAGACUCAGUCAACGACAUCGACCGACUACUCGACGACGCCGGCAAAGAACGCUCAGAACAGAUUCUGGCGGAGAUCGAGAAACUGAACAGUGCCCGAACAGAGAAGGAAAUCGAAGAGAUGAACGAGAUCAUCCUCUGGAUUAUCUACGGCAGACAGUGGUUCCAGGCUCGUCAAAUGGCUGCCAUACUGUACCAGAAAACCGGCGAGCGCUCGCUGCUGCCGUUGGAGUCCAAGCUCCAGAUGAAGUAUUCCUUGUUUGAAGUUGACAGUGACGGGGACAUCGACUUUCGAUCUGAUGAGAUUGCCAGUCUGAUCCCUGAAAGACAAGGUCAUUUUGACACAGACCAAACGACCAACGCAGACACUGACAAGAGGAUCCAGUCUGCGGAGGUUUCUAUAAUCAGACACUUCUUGAAAACCGUAUGCCCACAGGAACUCUACGACAAGUUCGACUUCGAGGCCUUCUUCGAGCAAAAAUUGCGCUUCAAGCACGGGUUUAUCUGCCGCGAUGACAAGGAUACCGCAGAGCUUAAACUAGCAUUGACUUGCCUGCGUAUCUUGACAGAAGCAGGAGACGAGAAACGUGAGAUCCUCCGGCCUUACGCUGUCAGCUACCUUCUGCAGCAUCUGUCAUCCGUGGAUCUGGCUCUUGUAGAAAGGGAGAAGAAGGGCGCUGUUGGCCCACACCUUCUCCGGCUCUUUACAGACGAUGAUGCAGUGGAUGCGCUUAUCUGGACAAACGACGCCACAGAUGUAGUCACCGUCACAUGGCAUGCUCGUGCUGCGUGGCUGGACAGCGAUCAAGGAGCACGAGAGAUUCUGCGAUGGUUCAAGGACUCUGCUGUGAUUGCCAAUGUCACUGACCAGGGUUCUCGAGAAUGGAUCUCCAAGUUGAAUGCGAGUGUCAACCCUCAGAAGGAUUUCAUCCAUACUUUUGCCAGGAGAAUGGCGGCUCAUUGGCUACGUGAGCAGUCCACUCCCACGUUAGCCUGCGAAGCAUUUUGUUUUGUUUACGAUGCUAUGCGAAAGGUACGUAUCCCAUUUCAAACCGAAAGUGAUAAUACAGAAAAGCAUGUCUCAGCCCUCGAAGGCCAACUUUCCAGCCACGAGAUAUCUGAAGCCGAGGAGUGGUCACGCUCUCUACUUGGGAUUGAAACGUCAGACUCGUUAUGGGAAAUCCAAGUGGCCAUUGUUCUCUCUAAGUAUCUCCAUACGGAAGAAGCCGAGAAGAGAUGCCGCCAUGCUUUGGCGCUCGAUCCCUCCAACUGGCGCGCCUCGUACCACCUGUCCCACAUCGUGUCGUCCAAAGAAGAAGCGACGGAUAUACUGGAGUCCAUAACACAGCGUCUCCAAGCCAACAGCGAAUGGAUGCAAGAACCAUCCAACGUCACCACGCUUGCAGAAAUGUUCUUCGACCUGGGGCAGAUCUACUGGGAAACCAAUUGCCCAGAUCCUGCGAUCCAGGCAUACACAAAGUCAGUGUCGAGAGGUUUCAUCGGAUACGAGCGCAUCUUCACAAUCCUGGAACACUACCACCGCUCCCACCGGUGGGCGGAGAUCAUCGCAUUACUAGACACAGUCCACAACGUCUCCACAGACAGACCAGGAGUCUUCGACAUGCUCGUCAACCUCGCAGACAGAGAGUCCCUCCACGACAUGAUCCUGCAGCUCGCAGUCAAGAUCGACGAAUUCGACUGGCUGGAACACACCUACGACGGCGCAAUGCAUCUAGCGCUAAAAGACCAAGCCUACACCAGCCUCUACUUCAUCCGAUACCACUACGCAAACGCGCUCUUCCAGCACCACGAAAACGAAAAGCGAGCCAUCGCCAUGUGGGAGAUAGCCCUGCAAGACGAUCUCCCGCGCAGCUUCCUCGACAUCGAAGAGAUCCUGCCCAGUCUCGCCAUCAAACUGGGGCCCGUUUACCUCCACAAGGCCAGGGCCGCAAAAAACGACGCGAAAGCCCGUAAAUACCUCCACAAUAUCUCGAACAUAUUUCCCAGCGAGGUGGCAGAGAACAACAUAUUGCUACCCGCAAAGCUCUAUAUCGCACGGUACUACCAGGUGAAAGAGGACACGGUAAAGGCGAAGCAGAUCGUUCGAAGUAUUGUGAAAAUGGCGCUGGAGCUCCUUUCUGACGACGAUGGGGAUAACGACUUUCAAGCGUAUUGGAGGCUGUUUCUCGUGUUUCUGCCGUUGAAUGAUGAUGAGAAUGCGUUUGUGGCUAUUGCUAUGGCGGCCCUUGCGAGGGUAAAUGAUACUUCUCACGCUGCUAGUGGGGGGCAUGGUCUUGCCGGCUCAUCACAGUUUCUGUUAUCUGCAGCUGAAGGAGAAACGGGGGCUGUGAGUCGACGUCGCGACCUCAGGGUCAACACUGUCGUAGACCAUCGAGAUGAUUUAGAAGAACAUGACAGCCAGUCAGAUGCAGACAGUCUGGCUGAAUCUGACAAAUUCGCCAUCUGCGAUGGGAAAUGUGGCUAUUGUUGGACAACAGCUAGCGAGAUGUGGUGGUGCAAGGAUUGUAUCAACCUGACGUUCGAGAAGGAAUGUUUCCAGCAACUUCAAGAAGGGACCCACCCGCUAAACAUCUGCGAUAAGAGCCACGAGUUCUUGCAUAUUCCUAGCUGGGACAGAGAAAAGAUGGACAGAUUCCAGGGAGGCGUCGUGCCGCGUGGAGACGAGGGGAUCUCGCUCGAAGAGUGGAAAGGAGAGAUCAGGAAGAAAUACGUCCAGGGGGCUUAA